AUGUUAUCGAUAAUCAGACCGGUCACCGGAUCCCUCUCAGGGAAGGUCAAUCUUCCCUGCUUCUUCUCCAUCAUCCCAACCUCGGCACCACUGAUCAGUCCCAAGGGAACUGUCUCUUACAGCAGAGAUUACUUACGGAUCAAAUGGACCAAACUCGAUGGAGAAGUGGAGUCAACAGUGAUGGUGGCACAGAAUGGCGUGAUCAAAAUAGGCUCAAGCUACAGGAACCGUGUCUCAGUGCCCAGUCACCCUGAGGAUGUUGGUGACGCCUCAUUGACAAUGGUCAAGCUGCGGGCCAGUGAUGCGGGCACUUAUCGAUGUGAGGUCAUGUACGGCAUUGAGGACACCCAGGAUACAGUUAACCUUGACGUCAACGGUGUUGUGUUUCACUACCGGGAAAGCACCAGCAGAUACACUAUGGAUUACCAAAAUGCUGUCCAAACCUGCCGAAAUAUUGGAGCAACUAUUGCUACAUAUGACCAACUGAAAGCAGCUUAUGAAGAUGGCUUUGAUCAAUGUGAUGCCGGCUGGAUUGCUGACCAGACAGUGAGAUACCCAAUUACAAAGCCAAGGAAGGGCUGCUUUGGAAACCUACAGACUAAACCUGGUGUUAGGUCAUAUGGGACCAGGAAACCGACGAACACCUAUGAUGUUUACUGUUACGCAGACAAACUUGACGGUGAAGUGUACUAUGCUCCUGUGACCCAAAAGAUGACCUUUGAGGAGGCAAGUGCAGCAUGUAAGAUGAGGAAUGCUGUGCUGGCAACCCCUGGCCAGCUCCACGCUGCCUGGCGACAUGGUCUGGACCAAUGUGACUAUGGCUGGCUCUCCGAUGGCAGUGUACGACACCCUGUUGCAAUACCCAGAAUGCAGUGUGGGGGAGGCCUGCUCGGCGUCAGGACCAUGUACCGUUACAGAAAUCAGACUGGCUUCCCAGAACCAACUAGGAAGCUUGGAGCUUACUGUUUUAAAGGAGUUUACUCAUGUACAGACAAUAUUUGUCUCAAUGGAGGAUCUUGCUACAAGAGUGGCAGCAUCUAUACAUGCAGCUGUGCUCCAGGUUACAUUGGUGAUCAGUGUGAAAUAGAUUUUGAUGAGUGCCAGUCAAACCCUUGCCGCAAUGGAGGAACAUGUGUUGAUAGGCUGGCUUCUUUUACAUGUGUGUGCCUCCCAAGCUACUCUGGGCUGUACUGCGAGGAGGAUACAGAAAUAUGUGACCAUGGCUGGCAUAAGUUCCAGGGCCACUGCUACAAGUACUUCCCCCACAGAAGAAACUGGGACACAGCCGAGAGAGAAUGCCGAAUACAGGGGUCUCAUCUCAGCAGCAUCCUCUCCCACGAGGAGCAACAGUUUGUCAACCGUCUUGGAAAGGACUACCAGUGGAUUGGCCUGAAUGAUAAGAUGUUUGACAGUGACUUCCGCUGGACUGACGGCAGUGCUGUGCAAUAUGAAAACUGGAGACCCAACCAGCCUGACAGCUUCUUCUCCUCUGGGGAGGAUUGUGUCGUGAUGAUAUGGCACGAGGACGGCCAGUGGAAUGAUGUUCCUUGCAACUACCACCUGACAUUCACCUGCAAAAAGGGCACAGUGGCCUGUAAACAACCCCCUCUGGUGGAGAAUGCACGUACAUUUGGUAAAAAGCACGAGAGGUAUGAGAUCAACUCGCUGGUGAGAUACCAGUGCCAGACAGGCUUUAUUCAGAGGCACGUCCCGACUAUUCGCUGUCGUGGAGAUGGGCGAUGGGAUAGCCCUAAAAUUGCCUGCAUGAACCCGUCGAGCUAUCAGAGGACCUUUAUCAGAAAACAUCAACACAAUAGUCUCUACAGCAUCAACAACUUCAAGAGAUGGCCGGACGAGCCCUUCCGCUUUCACCAGCAGCGCUACCGGGGAAGAAGAGACAGGACUGAGAAUAAGCAGAAGAGACAGUAA